AUGUAUCCAAGACGGUUCCGCUUCACUUCCAACAAUCUUGGUCGAGACGUCACUCUUGCACUUAUGUUCGAUUCUCCAGCAGGAGGUUCCUUGGACCAAAAGUUCUUCCCUGUUUGCUGGAAGGUUCUUACAUUUGCGGCCCAUGGUAUUUCCUCUGCAGCCUUUGAAUACGAGGGUCGCACUGGCUUUUUUGAGGCAGAGAUAUCUGACAGACACGUCAUUCCUCAGAGAGCAGCCUCAUGCGAGCCUGGACAACGCGUCAUCAUAACCAAUGAACAUGACAUAGUUGUCGGCAGCGGCGUCCCAGGAGUCAUUCAGUGCGUUAACCAAACAGAUGCUCCCAUCCACAUAGGCGUUGGAUUGUUUUCGGACGGGGGGAGUCGUCAUGUUCAGCCUAUAUACCUUUGGAGGGAUAUACAAGUCCGCACAACCGUUUCUGUCGAGUUUACCCCUAUACUCAGUAUAUAUGCAACCAGAGACUACGGAGAAAGGGAGAUGAUCAAGCUUCCCAUCGAAUUGCCAGUUAUUUACAAGCAAAACAUAUUGGACUUGGACUCCAGGGAAAUUGAGUACACUGUAUCUUUCAACCAUGCCACUGGUCUGGUAGAAAUAUCGAGAGAGAAUUAG